GUUGAACACGAUUCCUUCAAGGACUAGUUUUUGAACUGAGUAUAUUCAUCAACAUUUUUUUAUUCAACCACAUCGCAUUGACGUCAGAGUAUACUACUAAACAUACAAAAGGGCUGAAUAGAACUAUAGAAUUUAUUAUUACGAAAGGUAAUUCGUGAAUUACUAAAUCCUAAUAACGCAUACAUAUUGUAUCGAGAUUAAUAUGCCAGACUAUUGUAUGGAGAAGACGUGUGGAGCAAGGGAAACCGUACAUACUAUAACUAUGGGGAUGGAGCCAGUAAGAAAAGAUGAAUCUAAAGACUGUACGUGUAUGCGGAGACGAAGAAACGCAUUGCCACAUAUUUUCUCUGGAUUCGAUACAUCAUCUAUAGAUUCAUUAAUAGACACAUUGAUAGCAAACUGGAACCUGGCAAUGCGUAAUUCGGACACUAAUUGCGCAAUGGAUUCUAGCCCCCGUGGAUCUUUUAAUACGAAAGACAUGAAACAGUCACUGAAGGAGUGUAUAUGUGACUAUGGCAACGGUAUAUGUGACCAUAGCAACGGAAUCUGUGACCAUAGCAACUUGAGGCAAGAUGCUGCUUCGUUGUCGCCAAGGAUGAGGAGGAACGCUGUGCAUAAUUUAAUAGAAGGAAUGGAUCCCGUCUCAUUGGUCCACCUUCAGGAUUUGUGGGAACGUAGAAUGGAGGCCCGGGACCCGAAAAACAAUGAACUUGAUAUUUAGUAGGGUCUAAAAACUGUUUAUUCGGGACCUACUUGCCGCCUAUGAUAAUUUUAUGACAUGUAUUCCACGCGUGUUUCUGUGAUUCGCCUGGCAAUCGGCAUUUCUACAAACUGACUUUCAAAUAUUAUAGCCAUUGGUUUAAUCAUCAGACUCACAGAGUAUGGACUUUAUAUACUCGAGCAAUGAGCUGACCAUUGGUAUAUACUGACUGUCUAUAUUUAUUUAUAGUGUACUUAUUUAUAUAAAAUAUUGAUAUUGCUCAAUGUUGAGACUGGAUCUCAUGAUGAACAGACAUAGGCCGAAUAAAAAUGACAAUUUGAUAUUUGUUAUUUAUAAGAUGUACGUGUACAUGUGUAGCUCAAAAUGGUGAUAUUAGUUUUUAUCUAAAUUAAAUUAUUAAAUCAAAUUAU